AAUAUCAAAAGCUAAAGCAAUUAUGGCAAAGUCUCUUCACAUUGCAAUCUUUGUAUCUAUAGUAAUGUUCUUCAUGUCAAAUUCAAUUUCUUCCCAGGAAAUUGAUCAAUAUUCACAAGAGGCACCAGGAGAUGUAAAGAUAUCUCCCACAUCGGAUUUUGAUAUUUACGUCGAAUCUCCCGAUGAAUCUCUAUUUGAAGAAGUCGAUUCACCCGCAAUGGAAUAUGAGAUGAAGUCUGGACAUGAUUACACAGACAAACAACUCGGUUUUCUUGAGGCUUGCUUUCAAAAUCUAAACUCAUUAGACUGUGUAGAUAAUAUUUCCAAGAACAUGUUGGAUGAGGCAGCACAAGUAUUGUCAAAUGAAUGUUGUCAUGAUCUAUUAAAAAUUAGCAAAGAUUGUUACCUAGGAAUGACUCAAAUCCCUUUAUUGAGUUACGAGUAUAGAUUUAUUGCGUCUAAGGCUAUUCCCAAAAGUAAACAAACAUGGAACGAUUGUGUUCAUAGAGUUGAGAACCAGAUUGGCAACCCGAUCGCUUUUGAGGAACUACACUAAUUGAUGUUCCGGUGUGCUGAUGUUUUAUAUAUGUGAUUUUGUAACUCAGGCAUUAUGAGACUUACCAUUAUAUAAAUAAAGCUAAAGAUCUUUUGCAGAUCUUAUAUUAGUAUACGAGACUCGUUAGAGUUACAUGAAAGCUGAAUCAACUAUCAACAUUGGUGGUAUUAGUCUUUAGGUUUCUUUAAUGGAUAUAGAUGUCUGGGGACAACGCUAGCAGCUCUUAGUAAUUCUUCAUAUUUAUGGACUAUGAGCUCUUCGCUCUAAAUUACACAAUCCGACCCACCAUUCCAGAUAUCCACUCACAAACCCAGUAGAGUUACAGUCUCUAUUGCACUUCUCAUUGCAUUCCUUCAGCCUGAUUCUUUUAUCCACGAUGGUUAUACUUGUCUCUGACAACGAUCACGUUCCUCAAGAGCCAAAAACCAUCUGUGUCGCCGCAGCUCAGUGGCGAGCCUCUCAAACAACCAUUGAACACAUCUACCAAAGCCAAUGCCAUGGCAUUCUUGGGAAUGAAUCUUGGGAAUGAAA